UUUGCUGCUAUUUAUAUAUAUUUUUUAUAUAUUUUACUUUUUAUAAUGCUGAUUACUUUUUCUUAGAAAAUGAACUGAAUUCUAUAUUUUUAGGAUCUAAUUCUCUGCCUGUUUCUGUUUAAUUUUCCCUUCAUUUGUACUUUUAAGGCAUUUAUUUAUUUUUCCCACAGUCGGGAGAAGCACAGCAUCGGAUGUCAGAUUUGGGAGCCUCCAUCAGGCCAGAGGAGGGUUAGAGGGAACCAAGGGUGUGUCUGUAAGCAAUGUCACUCAUAUGAGGUCAGUCCUAGCAUGUUCUGUCUGGGAUCUGUGUAAUGAUCUCUGAGUGCCCUGGCCUCCCUCCAUUUUCCACUCUUUUUUCUCCUCCUCUCCGCUUUAUUUUUUCCCUUUCUAUAUGGACGGGGCUUGUCCUGGAUAAGCACAGUUCAUAAGGGUCCAAGGAGGCUGUAUCACAGACUAAGUAAAGUUACACCCCCACCCUUCCAGACUGUGCCUCUCCUAAUCUGACAGUGCAGGGCUCCAACAGAAGGAGAGCAGAUUGUUAAAUGCCAAAAUCCAGCAAGAUCUCUCUCCCUCUUUCUCUCUGUUUGCACAGCUAACACAGCAAAGAAAGACUCCAGAGAAACACGCAAGCCAGCACUCACCUACUGGAUACUUUAUUCCCCUGCUCUUUGCCUAGGAAAUUUAUACAAAUCUUUUUUUCCAAGUUACACCAAAUGGAUUUUUGCUGCUUAUGUGGGCUUUUUGCUUGCCUUUUAACUUCCUCCUGCUGGGUGCCCGUGGAAUCCUUUACUACCAAAGAAUCCCUAUCUGGAAAGCUAAGUGAAUACGGUGUGAUUGUCCCAUUCAGUACAGAUCACCUGGGACAUUAUAUUUCGCAUGUGGUGUCAGCAGCAGGAAGUAACAGAGGCGGUGUGACCUUAGAGCACCCUGGCCAGGCUCAGCGGGUUGCCCGCAGCGCGCCCGAAUUACACGAUAGGCACUUGUACUUCAAUGUCACAGUAUUUGGCAAGCAACUGCAUCUGCGUCUCAAGCCUAAUAGACGUCUGGUUUCUCAUGGGGCUACUGUGGAGUGGCAGGAGGACUUCCAGGAGAUUUCUCAAGGGUCACUCCAUGCUGGGUGUGUAUAUACUGGAGACAUCACGGAUAUGCCGGGAGCAACUGUGGCCAUCAGCAACUGUGAUGGACUGGCUGGCAUGAUAAGGACUGAUGAGACUGAAUAUUUCAUUGAACCAUUAGAAAAAGGACGACAAGAUGAAGAGGAAAAUGGACGUGCACAUGUGGUCUAUAGAAGAUCUGCUGUUCAUCAAAAUAAAACAGGAAAUCAUGAGGCAGCGCACAAUGAAGUUGCAAGGAAUAAAGUUGGUGAUCUCCCAUAUUCCCUGGAUUUGAUACAAGAUGGACUACGAAAAAAAGACAGAAACAAGCGUCAUGCCAAGAAAGAUGACUACAACAUUGAAGUUCUGCUGGCAGUGGAUGACUCCGUUGUGCGCUUCCACGGAAAAGAGCAUGUGCAAAACUACGUUCUCACCCUCUUGAACAUAGUGGAUGAAAUUUACCAUGACGAGUCACUCGGAGUCCACAUCAACAUAGUCCUGGUCCGAAUGAUUAUGGUGGGAUACAGGCAGUCAGUCAGUCUGAUAGAAAGAGGGAACCCAUCAAGGAGCCUUGACCAAGUGUGUCGCUGGGCCAAUUCUCAGCAGCGUUCAGAUCCAGAUCAUGCAGAGCACCAUGACCAUGCCGUGUUUCUCACCAGGCAAGAUUUUGGUCCCGCAGGUAUGCAAGGUUAUGCCCCUGUGACAGGCAUGUGCCACCCUCUUCGCAGCUGUACCCUAAACCAUGAAGAUGGGUUCUCCUCUGCAUUUGUAGUGGCUCAUGAAACAGGCCAUGUGUUAGGUAUGGAACAUGAUGGACAAGGAAACCGUUGUGCUGAUGAAACCAGCAUGGGAAGCAUUAUGGCCCCACUGGUGCAGGCUGCAUUCCACCGCUAUCAUUGGUCCAGAUGCAGCAAACAAGAGCUUAACAGAUACAUACACUCGUAUGACUGCCUUCUGGAUGACCCCUUUGAUCACAAAUGGCCCAAAUUACCAGAACUUCCAGGAAUCAAUUAUUCAAUGGAUGAGCAAUGUAGAUUUGAUUUCGGGGUGGGCUACAAGAUGUGCACUGCUUUCAGGACAUUUGACCCCUGCAAGCAGUUGUGGUGCAGCCAUCCAGAUAAUCCUUAUUUCUGCAAAACGAAGAAGGGCCCUCCUCUUGAUGGGACAGAAUGCUCCCCAGGAAAGUGGUGCUUUAAAGGCUAUUGCAUUUGGAAGACACCAGAACAGUCUUACAGUCAGGAUGGAGACUGGAGCUCAUGGUCAAGAUUUGGGUCAUGCUCUCGAACCUGUGGUGGCGGAGUGCGUUCCCGUAGCAGACAAUGCAAUAACCCAGAGCCAUCAUACGGAGGAAGGGAUUGCUCUGGUUCAGCCUAUGAAUAUCAAAUGUGCAAUAAUGAAGAAUGUCGGGGUCCAUUCGAAGACUUUCGUGCCCAGCAGUGCUCUCAGCGUAAUUCAUAUUACACUCAUCAGAAUACCAAGCACACAUGGCUGCCUUACGAGCAUCAUGACGAUGCCCAAAAGUGUGAACUCAUAUGCCAGUCUAAGGAAACAGGAGAUGUUGUAUUUAUGAAUCAAGUGGUUCAUGAUGGCACAAGAUGCAGCUAUAAGGAUCCUUACAGUGUCUGUGCUAGAGGAGAUUGUGUGCACAUUGGAUGUGACAAGGAAAUAGGUUCAGUUAAAGAAGAUGAUAAAUGUGGAGUUUGCGGUGGAGAUAACUCCCAUUGUCGGACAGUUAAAGGAACCCUAGUAAAAUCUCCAAAACAGACUGCUGGGAUUCUAAAAAUGUUUGAGAUUCCAGCAGGUGCCAGACAUAUCCAAAUAGAGGAAACAGAGCCUUCCACUAACUAUAUUGCUAUUAAAAACCAGGCAAGUGGAAAUCCAAUUCUCAAUGUGAAGGGUAUGGAAAGCAAAUCAAAGACCUUUAUAGAACUAGGCCUUGACUGGGAGUACAUCAUUGAAGAUGGCAAAGAGACUGUGCAAACGAUUGGACCCUUGCAUGAACCCAUUGUUGUAUUGGUUGUACCUCAGGAUGAAGAAGAAAAAACUACCCUGACCUAUAAGUACAUUAUUCAUGAAGAUCUCCUUCCAAUGAUCGGCAACAAUAAUGUACUGCUUGAAGAGAUGGAUUCCUAUGAGUGGGCUUUGAAAAGUUGGUCUCAGUGCUCGAAAGCAUGUGGUGGAGGCAUUCAGUACACAAAAUAUGGCUGUCGGCGUAAAGGAGACAACAGAAUGGUUCACCGUAACCUCUGUGACAACAUCAAAAAGCCGAAACCAAUACGUAGACGAUGUAAUCAACAAGAAUGCUCCCAGCCAGGGUGGGUGGCUGAGGAGUGGGGAGCUUGCAGCAAAUCUUGUGGCAAACUAGGUGUGCAGGCCAGACUGGUACAGUGCAUUCAGCUCUUGCACAAUGGCACAAACAGGACUGUCCACACUAAGUACUGCACUGCUGAGCGCCCAGAAACAAGGAGACCCUGUAAUCGGACACCAUGCCCAGCACAGUGGAGGACAGGAGCCUGGUCACAGUGUUCCUCAAGUUGUGGUGAGGGUAUCCAACAGCGUCAGGUUGUUUGUAAAGCUAGUGAUAAUGCCGUUGGUCAGUGUGAUGGAGAGAAGCCAGAAACCAUCCAGGUUUGCAGGAUGGCAGCCUGUACUGGAAAAUCUCCAGGACUCACACCCAAUGUGGAAAUCAUAGAGUCCAUAACACCAAAAAUGCCCUUGUUGUUAGGGCAAAAUGUACCAAGAAACCCUGUCAGCAAGAUCUCAACAAAGGAUUCAUGCCAAGGAGACAAAUCAAUAUUUUGCCAGAUGGAAGUCCUAGCUCGCUACUGCUCCAUACCAGGCUACAAUAAGCUAUGUUGUGAAUCAUGUGGCAAAAAGAUUACUCCUACCAAUCUGACACCAAGUUCAGAGCAUGCAGCACUGGAAUUCAGGGCCCCCAAAGGAGCAAUCCUGCCAACACCCAUCCAUCCUGUGACCUUGGUACCAACAGUCAUUAGCAAGUUGAAUAAAGUUUCAGCAGGUGACAACCCUAUGGAUGCUUUACUUGAAUCCAAACAUGCAAUAAAGGAAGCCUCAGCAAAUGACAGUGUAACUUCUAUGAGGGAUUCAUCUGCAUAUGUAUCCGUAAGGAAUACUUCUGCUACAGAUUUAGGAAAGACUCGGUUGCCAGGAACUCGUGAAGUUCUUUUGGAUAACCCUAACCUACAGCCUAAUAAAUCUGUGGCCAGCAAACAAAGCAGAGACAGUUCUGUAGCAACAUCGGAUUUAAUAAAGCGAAUUAGGGAACGUACUGAAAAUCUGAAGACCAAAUCUAACGUUCAAAUCGCCUCUGUGGCUACAUGAGUCCAUACACUGUCAUCGGCUUUCUAUAAGGAGCUGUGCAACAUCAUUGAAAAUGGAGAGUUACAUGAGGAAAAAAAAGGCUUUUGCAAUUUGCCCAUAGCACUUUUUCAGUUAUGAAAUAAUACAAUGACAUAUGUUUCUAGAUAAAGCAUUUCUGAAACUUCUGGGCAUUAAGACAGUAGAGCCCAUUAAUUGUUACCUCACAGUGCAAUACCAUUGCACUUUACAUUGUGAUAAGGGUGCUACCAACUGGAUUUGUACCAAAAAGGAAAAUACUUUUGUACAUCUCACCUCAGUUCUCAAACCAGCUGGUGCCUUAUUUAAUCUGACAAAGACUUUGAAAAACUUGAAACAUGGUGCUUUCUCAAGUCCCCAUCAAGCAUAUAGCAGCAUCUGUAAUACACAUCAGUGUAAUGAUGCUGUAUUCCCUACUCAAUAGUUUCUGUGUACUUAUUUGCAGUAAGAAGCCUUUCUCAGCUAUCAAACAGGUGCAUUUCUGUUUCAAAGGUCCAAGCAUUGGGUUGAUUCAUCGAAUGACCUUUGCUGCAAACUCUAUAUGAAGUCCAUUCACUUCUGGCCUUACCAACUUUAAUUUCUACUGCUGCUAGUAGAAUAAUGUUCACUUGACAAGUGGGAGGGGUAAUAGCUUAUCCUUGUAUAUGAUCUGUGUUAUUCAUAGGAAAUAGUUCUGAAGAUUUAACAAGUCAAAAAAAGAAUUAAAAUGUUUGGGUAGCCCCCAUAAUGAUUAGUAUUAAACAAAAAAAGAGCCUACACACAUAAGGAUCACAGUACAAAAGGUAAGACAGCUGCAAUCAGUACUUCUUAAAGGGCCACUAUACUGAAUUUUCCUGCUGAAUUGUGCUCAGUACAGAGGAAUACUUGUAAAUGUUAGUGUAGUUUUAUGGAAUCUCCAUGGCGCCUAUGAAUAGUCCUCAGGGUUGACUGGGGGGGCUGAGGCCCACCGGGGCUUCAAUCUCAGGGUCCCCAGCCAAUGUGCCCACGCUGCGCGUGUGCGUGCGCACGGUGUUCUUCGGGCACCGGGCCCUUCUUCAGGCCAUUCGCGGCAAGAAGAGGAACCACCGAGUGUGAAUCUGGGCCGGCCCACGAGAGCGGAGGGUCCACUGGGUUUUUUCCCGGUGUCCCGCUGGCCCAGUUCAACCCCAAUAGUCCUUGCUGCUGCUAUUCAAAUACGUUUAUUUUACCAAUCAUUUUUCAUUUGGCACAUGUAUCUUGGCCCUGACACUACAACUCCUGGGCUUGUAGGCCACACUCCAAUACUGUAUGUUUGCCACAAAGCAUAUGAACAAAGACGUUUUUUGGAAAGGCCGAAAGUGCAUGCAUGGUCAGUAAAACCUUUAAACAAACUAGGAAACAGCAAGAGUAGUUAUAUCAUUGUGCAUUUACCUCUUACUAUUUCCAUAGAAAAAUACAAGGGGAAAGUAAAAAAAUUUGAUCGUUUAAAGGAAUAGUUCAGCGUGAAAAUAAAAACUGUGUAAAUA